AUGAAUAUUUUGCCUAAGAAACGAUGGCAUGUUAGAACUAAAGAAAAUAUCGCUAGAGUACGAAAAGAUGAGGCAGAAGCUGCCGAAAAAGACAGGCAGGAAAAAUUAAGAAUUGCAAAUGCAGAACGUGAAGCUCGCCUCAAUACUUUAAAACAAAAGAGCAAACAAAAGUUGAUACAGCUUGAUAUACAACCACAAAAUUCUGUACAAUAUCAAGAACCACAAGAACACAUUAAUUUGUUUUCAGAUAUCGAUAAUGCUGUUCAAACUACUAACAAGGAGCAUGACAGAGAAAUUAAAGAAAAAAGAGAAGAUUAUGAAAAAAAGAUUGGGUAUUUAACAUAUCUUGGUCAAGAUACUAAUGAAACACUAGGUAAAAAGAAUUGGUAUGAGCUACCUCCCGAAUCAACACGUUUUUCACGUCCGUCAUAUGUAAAAGAUACAUAUGAUAAACUUGUACUUAAAGAUGAAGAUGGUAAGCCAAAGAAAAUGGAGUUGGAUGAAAAAGAUGGAGAAAUUGGCUGGAAAUCUAAACAACGUAUAGAUCCCUUAAAUUCAUUUAAAAAAUAUUGCAAUGAUAAAAAAUAUCCAACUCAAAAAUAUGCAGGCAACAUAAAAGAUAAUCUAAAAAAUACUAAUAAGAAAAAGGAAAGUAAUAACAGAUAUUCUAAUAAAGAAAAGACAAAUAAUAAAGAUGACUCAGCAGCAAAACUACAAAAAUUAAGGGAAGCUAGACUAAAGCGUGAGCAGCAAGAAAAGUAUAGGACAGAAAUGUUUUUAUCUAAAUUAAGUGGAGAGGUACCUGAAAAUGAAGAAACUGACAAGAUAAAAAAAGUCAAACCCAAAUAUAACUCUCAAUUUAACCCUGAAUUGGCUAGACAAAACUAUCAG